UCCAACUCUCAUGGUUAUAAAUUUAUGGCACAGAUCAAUAGCUGACACAGACACCCAAUUCCAAGGAAACUACUACCAAAAUAAACCAUCUGAGAAUGGAUAGUCACUCCCAACAUGCCAUGCAGCUAGUAAGCGCAUCACUGGUGCCUAUGGUGCUUAAAGCAGCCAUAGAACUUGGUGUGCUUGACAUAAUACAUAGAGCUGGCCCUGGAGCUCUGCUUUCACCUUCCCAAAUUGCGUCUCAGCUCCCUUCCCAGAACAACCCAGGUGCCUCUUUAGUGCUUGAUCGUAUGCUUCGCCUUCUGUCUGCCCACUCAGUUCUCACUUGCUCUGUUUCCGCCCACCAAGUUGAUCAUGUGGAGGUUUUGAGGCUUUAUGGAUUGGCCCCCGUUGCCAAGUAUUUCAUUCGGGAUCAGGAUGGAGCAUCAUUAGCAACUUUACUAAAUUAUUGCAAUGAUAAGGUAUAGAGCAUAUUGCAGGAGAUAUGUUUGUAAGGAUUCCGAAAGGAGAUGCCAUUUUCAUGAAGGUCAGUGACUAGCGUACUAUUGAAGAAGAUAAAUUCUGAAGUAACAAAAUUGUGAAGGAGUUUAAGAGAUGGUUACAUGUUCAUUAGUACUAUUAUCUUCUUGGCCGUGGUUUCAACUAACACAGGAUAAACAGUGGGUACUACACCUUUUCGAUGACAAACAUUGCUUGAUGAUACUAAAGAACUGCUAUGAGGCCUUGCUAGACCAUGGGAAAAUGAUGGUGGUAAAUUUGGUUAUACCAGAAGCCCCUGAAACUAGUCUUUCUGCUAAAAGCUUGUUUCAGUUUGAUAUGUUCCUGAUGAACACCACUACAAGUGAAAGGGAGAGGACAGAGAAAGAAUUCGAAAGUUUGGCAAAACAAGCAGGGUUUUACACCAUUCGAGUGGCAUGUUCUGCAUUUAAUUUUUCAGUGGUGGAGCUUUUCAAGAGCAUGUAAUAUCUGCCUGCAGCACGGCUCACACAUACUAGAAGGUCAGCCAAUCAAGUAGCCCACCUAUUAGCUCAGGAUGCUAUGCAAUUACAAUGUAAUUCUUUUUCUUAGAUGUUGCCCUCCGUCAGGGGGCAACUUCAUUUCCCGCAAAAAAAAAAAAAAAACUUUUUAACAUCCAAUAUCCAGUUGGAUAUGUAUCGUUUUGUAUGGUCACUCAUUCUUUUUAUUUUCAAACUUCCUAAGUUUUUAUCUGAUAAAUGAAAUUGAAGAAUAAAACAGAAUAUAUAUAUACUCGUACAGUCCGGCUACGGUGCGGACGGUACAAAUUUCUCGUUUUCCCCCACUUUCAUAUCUUAGCCGUUCAGUUUUUAGGUCCUAAUGUAUAGAU